GCGACACGCGGGCGGGUACACGCUAAGACGCACACCUGGACGGGAGAUGCCCCCAGGACAGGGUCACGACUGCAGAACGCGCGGCCACGCGAGGAGUGGACGCGCACCUCCCGGCGAGGGACGGUGACACAACGAGGGGCCACCCACACGGGCCACAGGCGCCCACGCCAAGAAGAACGGUCGCGACACAAAGAAGCCGAGAGUGGACACACAGAUUGUCCAAAGCCACAGGGAAAAUGGUGGAAAAUUCACCGUCGCCAUUACCAGAAAGAGCGAUUUAUGGCUUUGUUCUUUUCUUAAGCUCCCAGUUUGGCUUCAUACUAUAUCUUGUGUGGGCUUUUAUUCCUGAAACUUGGCUAAACUCCUUAGGCUUAACCUACUGGCCUCAAAAGUAUUGGGCGAUUGCAUUGCCCGUCUACCUCCUCAUUACUAUAGUAAUCGGUUAUGUACUCUUGUUUGGAAUAAACAUGAUGAGUACCUCUCCACUCAACUCCAUUCAUACGAUCACAGAUAACUAUGCUAAAAAUCAACAGCGGAAGAAUUACCAAGAAGAGGCCAUCCCGGCAUUAAGAGAUAUUCCUAUUAGUGAAGUAAACCAAAUGUUCUUUCUUGCAGCCAAAGAACAUCACACCCAAAACUAAAUUGUAUGUAGACUAACAACAAGCAUUUAUUAUAAAAGUUUUUGAUGUAAUAA